AUGGGCCCGCCGCCGCGCGACGUGGUGGUGAUCAGCUCCGACGAGGACGAGGGCUCCCGGAGGUCGUCUGUCUCGCCCGGCUCCCUCGGACGGGUCGCGUUGCUCGGGGAAUCGCUGCCGCCGGUGCCAGUGCCGCGGAGGAAGAAGGGCAAGUCCCGCGGCGUUCGCGCCAGAAAGGACAACGACGACGAGGAGGAGGACGACGACUGCGUGAUCCUGGACGGCGCGUCAGACGAGGUGGAGAUCGUCGCGGUCAAAGGCAAGAUAGCGUGCAAGGAUUUCCCUCACCCGCGGCAUUUAUGUUCUGAAUUGCCCUUUAGCACCACUCCUCACCCAAAGCAUUGUAAAAUGUGCUACUGUUAUGUGUGUGAUGCUCCAGCUCCAUGCAAGAGUUGGGGCAAAGGGCUCUUGAAUGGUGAUCAUUGUCAUGCCACCGACAAGGACACAAAGUGGGAAACACUGAGGCAAUCAUUCAAGCGCAACUUUGAGCUGGGCAAGGAGGCCACUGUGUCCGCUGGGAACCUACCCUAUGGCUUUGACACCGAGCACCUUCGCCAGCUCUUCAGAUCAUUUACGACAAGGGAACAGGCAAGAGUUGUGGACAGGGGAACUGGUUUUGACAUCGAUCGCCUUGGCCAGCUCUUCAGAUCAUUUACGACAAGGGAACAGGCAAGAGUUGUGGACAGGGAAACUGGCUGA